AUGUAUUUCGAUAGAGAACCUCCCAUAGAAAAUUAUACCUCAGAAUUUCCCACAUUAAGUUCAGUAGUCACUGUAAAAAAUUGCUGGUAUUAUUUGUCAUUGUUAGAAAGAUUCGUGGAUAUUACCAGCGCUAUGACGGAAGAUGUUUUGAAAAUGUAUCUUGUUAGAGCGGAAUAUCGUUACUUUUUAUGGAUUUCUAAAAAACGCUACUAUCGUAAUUUAGAUAGAGCCAUACCCCCCAUUGAUGUCGCAUUUUUUUGGCAAUCACAUAUGCUUAGCCCUUAUCGUUUUUACGAAGACAGUAUACGCAUACCACCAUUUACUGCCAAAGAAAUUCCUCUUAAGCAGAUUCACGACCUUCAAAAAAGCAAGUCAAACAAUGCACCAUUGUAUGACUGGAAGCUAGUUAUGAACGAUGAAAGUUACGAGUUGUCCGAAAAGGAAGUUUUGAAAAAAGGCUGCGCAACUGUCACAUGUAUUGUAUGUUACGCUAGUAUACAAUCACCAUGGAAAGAAUAUACCGAAUGGAGAACAAAUCAUUCUGUGGCUUUACAAUGUCAUUGUUGUAAUUCCAUGUUCACAGUAAAGCAUGUUGGAAAAGCUAAUUUAUUAGCCGAUAAUACUAAAGUUCGUACGACAGCAGGACUACUCUUGGACUCAAGAGGUAUCCAAACUGCUGGUAGAAAUGACAAUAAACUUUUACUUCCUAUCAAAGAUAUCAAGGGCUUGCCUUUCAAUGAAGGGCUCCGACCAUUGAGGGAUCAAAUGGCACGAAAGAAACUUUAUAUUCCGGGUUCUUGGCAUGAAGACGCUGUUAUCGAUGCAAUUCAGAGUACUUAUCUCUGUACGCCUUACCGAGGAAGUUCUAUUGACUUAAUACAGGCUGUAGCACGUCAGCACAAGUUUGCUGUAAAAGUAACAAAGUCUAUUUUAUGGGACGCACCUACUGGUAUUAUACGGGGUAUUAGGCAUUACAAUGAAUUUUUAAAUGUGAUUAAAGACAAUCAUGGUUUAACAGCGGUUCCAACGUACGAGAUAGAUCUUGCAUGGCACACCCACAUGCUUCAUCACGAAAACUAUCGAAGCUUUUGUCAAAAACACUUUCAUAGAUUAAUUAAUCAUGAUGAUACUAUUCCUGAAGAAAAAUUAAAGGAGUAUGUCGAAAAGACUGACUUGGCUUGGAGUGUAAGGAGUAAGAUACGUACAGUUACAACAACAGCAAAACCCACUGAGUACACUGAGAAUCUCACUCCACCUACUAUUGUCAAUCCAAUAAUUGUAGAAGAAAAUCCAGGAAUCAAGACAAAGUUCAAACAAUUUUUUUCCUCAAAAAAGAAAAAGACGAUAGAGCUCUGUACUUCCUUUGUCGAUGUAGGUGCUCAUCCUAAAAUGGCAUCCACGUCUGAAAAGGCGACCACCGCUGAAAAAAUUAAAAACUUGAUUGGGCUUGAUUUUAUGCCGGGAUCAUACACACAAUCAUAUCCAUACAGGCUGCGUUUAUCAGAGUCAUCGUCUCCUAAUAAUGCUCAAGACAAAGAUCAGGAAGGAUACCGAGAAGAUGAGAGUUGCGAGGAUAAAAAUGAGGAUUGCAACAAUGAUGAUGAAGAAAAAGAGGACAAAUUAUCGUACGAAAAGGAGAAAGUAAGCUUUCACGACAGACGUGAUAUCAAGGAAUUUAUUACAUUGAAAAGCUCUGAUAGCGUACUUGACAGUAAAUUCGGAAACGUCAAGACUUCAAAAUACGGAUUUAUAGGAACUAGCACUUGUGGAAACACCGACUAUUUAGAUCAAUGGGACGAAAAUAUUAGGAUCAAAGCCAAGAAUGAUAGCGGCACGUUUAUUACGACCAGUGGAGACAAUAUACCAGUGGUUUCCCGCUAUUCGAAAGUGUUUUUAACCAAGGGAUCUUCGCCUGUUUAUAACCCAAAGGGUAUUAAAAAUCUUCCAGUGCUUAUGACACACAAAAAUCGAAAAAAUUAUACCCGUUUUUAUGCUGAAAGAAACACUCGAUAUAAUACAGCGGGUGACGCGUUUGAUUGGUAUAUUAUCAGCAAGACAUGGGCGGAAUCUACAGCAAGUACAGACCGUAACAAAAAGAGCGGUUGCGGAGGAUGGAGUAACUGUGGAGAUUAUGUUUCUUCUUCGCAAUGUGCAGGUAUAUCUUCUUUUGGACAUAGCAACUCUGGGUCAUCAUCAGGUUUCCAUUCUUCAUCUAAUUCAUCAUGUUCUGGAGGAAGUAGUUCUUGUGGAAGUUCAUCAUCUAGCUGCGGAUCUUCUUGUGGGGGUGGUUAACAAGAUUUCUUAUCAUAAUUAAACCUUAAUUUUAAGAAGCGUGGGAGGUUUUUUGUUUUUAUCGUCAGAUGAACCAAGAUCACAUCAAGCAAACUGAGUU